UUAAGGUGCACAGCUAGCGGGCAAUGUAUAAAAGCCACUUUCCGACUGGUCGGCACACUCCUCCUUUGGAUGGAUCCGGCACGUGGGCUUAUCGUCUGACGAGCGCUUCCGGCACUGGUCGAUGCAGCGGCACCCACCGUUGGUGAAGACCUGCUCGUUGCAUCCUUCGACGCAAGCGUCGUAGUACUGACCGAGGGUGGGCCCCAGGCACUUGCAUGGGCCCUUGUCGCAGUCCUCCUGCCGCACUGUGCAGUAGCGCUCCAGGCCGGGGAUGUUGAGGUUGAGGAUCUUCUGGCAGCUGUGCUCGACGCAUGGACAGCCGGUAAGCGAGAACAGCACGCUCUGCGCGGCGCACUCAUCACCCUCGCACACUGUCCUUUGUAGUGCUCUCCUGAAAGAGGAAGAUAGCAGAGCAUCUUAGUCACACACAACACAGACAGAAAAGCAAGCACUGAGGUUGGUGUUACUCCAUUGACCCUGUGUGAUGUACCGAUACCGUUGGAUCUCAAGCACAAGGCUGCAUAGAGGCCACUGGCGGCAAGGAGUGAGACUGACACCAGAAGACAGAAGGCGAACGAUGAAUUAUGCUUUUGGCCGCUCUCUCUGCUGCCGCUCAUCGUCCCGGAGGUCGGCGUGGGCUUUCACG